AUGGUCGCUUGUUACCCUGGCAAUGGAACUGGGUAUGUUCGACAUGUGGACAAUCCAAAUGGUGACGGGCGCUGCAUCACCUGUAUUUAUUACCUGAAUAAGAACUGGGACUCCAAGCUGCAUGGUGGAAUUCUUCGGAUAUUCCCAGAAGGAAAGUCCUAUGUAGCGGAUGUUGAGCCGAUUUUUGACCGAUUACUUUUUUUUUGGUCAGAUCGAAGGAACCCACAUGAAGUCCAGCCUUCUUAUGCAACCAGAUAUGCCAUGACUGUGUGGUAUUUUGAUGCUGAAGAAAGAGCAGAAGCCAAAAAAAAGUUCAGGAACUUAACUGAUGCAAGGAAGAGAGAAGCACCUCUUAAUGAAGACUAGUCAACUGUUUCUGAACUCUUUGUGAGGAAAGAAGAUCCCAAAGAUGACUUCCAUUUCCAGCGAACAAGGGCAAUUUCUUGUUAUGCACAGAAACGCACUGGUUGUGUCUAGCAUGUGCAUCUUAAAUUGAUGGUACUUAAGGCAGCCUCCUGCCAUGCCUGCAUCUGGCGGAAGGAACACUUGUUUUCUAUUUGCCUUUUGCUGGAAAGAGUAGCCAGGGUUAAAAAAAACAAAACAGAGUAUCACUAAGCCUAGUGGUAAUGGCUCAGCCAGCUGGCUUUUGAUCACUCUUGUAACCAAGAUAAUGAUCAUUGGAAUGAGUGGUAAAAACCGGAGUCUUAUUUGCACUUUAGGGG